GUAUUUCUAGUUCUAGUGUAUUGUUGAUUAUUGUGAUUAAUCUGAUUCGGGUAGCUGUUUUUGAUAUUUAAUCUACUUUAAACAUUUUCAUUACCUGCACCCUUUGUUCUUGAAGUUAUGAACAAGGUCAGUAAACUUGCUACAACAGUGAUAAGGAGAAGAGCGGAUGUAGAACAAGAAGGUAUUCUAAAACAAUGCGAAUUUGAAGGUUGUAAUUCUGACAGCCGAUAUUCCACGAUAUCGUUCAUAAAUUUUCCAAAACCUUGUCUUCGCGUUAGAAACGUUUUAAUAAAACCAGUUCGCAGGCACAUAGAAAGUUGCCCAUCCUGCAACACAUGUCAAAGAUGGGUUAAUAUGUGUUUAGGGAAAGAUAAAAAUAGUCCUAGGUUAUGUGACAUUAAGAAAAAUGCAUAUAUUUGUUCAUCUCAUUUUGUGGACAGAGAGCCUUCAACGCAGUUUCCUGAUCCAUUACCAGUAGGACAAGUCUUGAAAAUAAGGUUUCAGAGAUCUAAAGUCAAAAAGAUUGAUGAUGAAAAGGAACACAAUGAUCAUCAGGAAAUAUCUGAGCAUCCCAAGACACCAGCAGCUGAAAUAUCCAAGGUCAGAAAGAUUGAUGAUGGAAAGAAACAACACAAACAUCAGGAAAUAUCUCAGCAUCGCAAGACACCAACAGUAGCAAAAAAAUCCAAGAUCAGAAAGAUUGACGAUGGAAAAGAGCAACACAAUCAUCAGGAAAUAUCUCAGCAUCCCAAGACAACGGGAGUAAAAGGGGUUAAACCGAACCGUUCUAAUAAAAAUGUACCCGAUACAUUAGAUCCCUCCAAGAUAGCAGUGACCAAUAGAUACUCGGAUAAAGAAAAUAAAGUGAGAAGUACUCAGACUGGUCAUGUAUUAGCUUCUCAAGAUACUCCAGAUCCUUCAUCUAUUUCUUAUGAUGCUAUGGACCUGACCAACUUUUUAGUUUCCACUAGCAAAACUUUUCAACUAAUGUGCGAUGAGUUGCGAGUAUCCACGAUUCUGAACAAUAAUAUCAACUAUGUGAACGCCUGUAAAGAACGCAUCACAUUAGAAACACCAGCUGAAGAAGGUGGGCAGUCUUUUGAGAUAUUGAUAGUAAAUAAUACGCCUGACGAUACAGCUCCUUCUUUGAUAGACACUGCAACAGAGCUGGAGAAUAUGGUGAAAGAAAUGGAAACCAUGUUGUCGGAAAGUGAAGUGAGCAGGAUAGUAAACCAAGAUAAAAACACGCAAACCAAUCUAACUUCGGAAGCAAUGAAUCAACAAUUUGCCAGGCUGGAAAAUGAUAAUGUCCAAUUGAAAAUCCAGGUUACUUGUUUGAAAACCACAGUAUUACAGUUACAAAGAGAGUUGAAGAUGGAAAGAGAAGGAAGGAAUCUCAACAGUUGAAUCUUCGAACUUAUUGUCACUUAUUAUUUUUGUAUAAAAACCUAGUUGAAAUUUUAUGUCGAGAAAAUGUAAAAUUAAUAUAAUUUAUUAGGUAGGCAUACUUUGUGAAACAAUAUCAGUUUUUUGUUCUUUGUUGUUUUGACACAAACCUAACCCACUUUGUCCAGUCGUUUAGUGCUGGUAGGAGUGGUAUAUAGGUACUUGAAAUGAAUAAAAAGACUAAAGAAAAGAA